GGAAUCGUAGUCUGGGAGAGUCUCUUUCCGGUCCGCAUGAGGGAGUGGGCUUGGGCCUGGGCCUCCCGUGCGGGGAAGGGAAUGCUGGGUGUUGAAGUCCGGGAGGGUCUCUCCAGAGAAAUGAGGCUUGGGAUCCCGAGGCCUAGUCUUGAGGGUGGGGAGGGAGACGGGAGGCUUGGAGAGAGUCCGUGUCUGCCUGGAGAAUGCCCGAAAGGCCCGUGGGAGGUUUGGCACAGCGGAUGCUGGGAAUCGUAGUCCGGGAGGGUCUCUUUCAGGAGGACGGAGGAUGGCGGCGGAUGCAGGAAAGAGGUGCCGCACGAGAGGAGGAGGAGGAGAGCGGGCCCCGCGGAGCAGCCCAGCCCGGUCCCUGUGAGGCUUCCCCAGGAGAUGGCGAGGAAAGUCUGGGGGGCUCCAGGGCCACAGGAGGGAGGAGCCCAGGGGGAGCCCGGGAAAGGCGGCUGCCUGGAGGGCGAUGCAGGGAGGAGGAAAUGGGCGGAGACCCCAAGAUGGGCCUGGAGGGCGGAGUCUCCUUCGGAAGACCCCGAAAGCCCCAAAGGAUCCAGGAGGAAGCAAAGGAACAUCAGUGCCCGGAAUGUGGGAAAUCCUUCAGAACAAAUGGACGUUUUGAAAACCAUCUAAAAAACCACUCAGUUGGCAACCCAUAUCAGUGCCUUGAGUGUGGAAAGAGCUUCAGUCAUAGGAGCAACCUUUAUAGACAUCAAAGGAUCCACACAGGAGAAAAACCUCAUAAAUGCCUGGAAUGUGGAAAGAGCUUCAGUCAGAGGGGACAUCUUUAUAAACAUCAAAGGAGCCACUCAGGAGAAAAACCACAUAAAUGCCUGGCAAGAAAGGUAAUAACAUCCAAUUAAAAGUUUCGCUUUUAAUAAAUUUAAUAUAUUUUUUUCUUUUAAUAAAUUCCUUUAGUCUUCCAGGGCCAUGCCCAGGGUCCCAGGCCUGAGUUUGACUGCUGUCGGUCAUCCUUAUGGCAACUAGCAGAGCAGGCUGUCCUGGGAGGGGCGGGAGGCCUUGUAUGAGUCUGGAUGUCCAUCUGUCAGUGGUUCGGGAAAGUUGGAUUCUCAACUGGGCAGCUGUGGACGAGAUCCCUGCCUGAUCCCUGUCCAAGGGCUGCAGUUGAGGGCUGCUCCGAUUGUUAGACUUUGAAGUUAAAGAAUGGAAUUCUGAGGCCUGCCCUCAAAAGAAUAUAGAUAUAUAUAUAUACCCAUACAUAUGUACAUACACAUUAAUCACAGCCCAUUUAGAUUACAUAACAAGAGACUUGGGAGUUCACAAGGUGGAUACUUCUUCAUAUGGAAGAAAACUGACUGAAUCUAAUGUGCUGCUUCGGAUACCGCAGAGCCUCUUCCCAGCAGUUGUGGAGAGGAUGUGUUGUGUCCCAGACAAUCCUGCACAACCUGGUCAGGCAUCGUUUCUAGCUGAUUAGAAACCAGUUGAGUUUCUGGGACGGAAAGUUCUUCAGUGGGAUGAGACAUUUUAUUGUGAAUUUGAGAAUUCCCAUAUUUAUAUCUUCUGAGUUUGCAAAACUUUAUUGAACUUUAUUGAGGAUAACAUCAGGGUAAAGAUCAAGAAUGGCAUUUUCUUUUCCUUGAAAAGCCAAACCGUGUCUAGGAGGAAAGUUUGGGGAUUGAGUAGAAAUGCGAGUGGGAAACAGUGUGGGCAGUUGAACGGUUUUUCUACCAAAUUGGGCUAGUUUUGCAGAUUUGUUGCAGGAAAAAGUUUGACCUCUGUGGGUUCCAAUUUGGGGGCUAUUUUGGAUUAUUUUUAAAGCACUGUACAGAUAGUCCUUGACCUACAACUAUUUGCUUAGUGACUUAGUGGAGUUAUAGCUGCACUGAAAAAAGUGGCCUUGACCAGUUUUCACACCUACGACUGUUCCAGCAUCCAUGUGGUCAAAAUCCAGGCGCUUAACCACUGGCAUGUAUUUAUGACGGCUUCGCUGUCCCAGGGUCACGCCAUUAGAUGGGUCCGCCCCAGGCGCCUGAUGGAUCCUGAUAGGUUCCAGACGGAGCUUGGGCCUAUUCCUGAUGAUCUGGCACACGACUCGGCUGAGGACCUAGUAGCUGCCUGGGAUCGGGCGGCUGGUGGGGCCUUGGAUCGAGUCGUGCCUUUGCGGCCUCUGACCCGGUGUCGAUCCCUCGCGGCUCCUUGUUCACCGAGGAGCUGAGGGAGAUGAAACGCCGGAAAAGACGCCUAGAGAGCAGUUGGAGGGCCAGUCACGCUGAAUCUGACCGAACACUGGUAAGGUCGCAUAUUAAGACCUACCUAGUGGCGAUAAAGACGGCAAAGUUUAAUUACUUUUCCGCCUCUAUUGCUCAUCAGGCAAUCGUCCGGCUGCCCUGUUCAGGGUAACCCGCUCCCUGCUCCACCUGGGAGCGCGGGAGGUUCCCUUGGAAGGCAGGGCGGAGGAUUUCGGACAAUACCUGCAUGACAAAAUCGCUCAGAUCCGGGGGGACUUGGAUAGAUCAGGGUAGGGUGACGAGGAAUAGUCUUGAGAAUGUUAUCUGGGAGGAGUUUGAUGCUGUGACUCCCGAUGAUGUGGACAGGAUUUUGGGGAGACUUAGUGCGGCCACAUGUUUACUGGACCCGUGUCCUCCUGGUUGGUACUGGCCUCCCGGGAGGUUACACGAGGCUGGCUCCAGGGUGUUAUCAACGCUUCGUUGAGUGAGGGUUACUUCCCCGCGGCCUUGAAAGAGGCGGUGGUGAGGCCUCUCCUCAAGAAGCCAUCCCUGGAUCCGGCAAUAUUGGCCAACUACCGUCCUGUCUCCAACCUUCGCUUUCUGGCGAAGGUUGUUGAGAGUGUGGUCACGCGACAGUUCCCGCAAUUCCUGGAGGAAACAUCCUAUCUGGAUCCGUUCCAGUCUGGUUUCAGGCCUGGGCACAGCACGGAAACGGCAUUGGUCGCGUUGGUUGAUGAUCUCUGGAGGGCUCGGGACAGGGGUUGCUCCUCUGUUCUGGUCCUGUUAGACCUCUCAGCGGCUUUUGAUACCAUCGACCAUGGUAUCAUGCUGCAUUGGUUGGAAGAGUUGGGAUGGGGGGCACUGUGUUACGGUGGUUCUCCUCCUUUCUCUCCGACCGGUCACAGUUCGUGUUGGCAGGGGGGCAGAGGUCGACCUCGAGGCCUCUUAUAUGUGGAGUGCCUCAGGGGUCGGUCCUCUCGCCCCUCCUGUU